AAUGUGUUACUUUUCGGGGAGACUGGAGUUGGAAAGAGCGCCAUCAUCAACUUGAUUAUGGGACGCGACGUUGCACAGACGUCGCCAGACGCAGCAACCUGCACAUUGCAGCAUACCUCCCAUCAAGUCAGUCUUGGAGAUCGCCAAUUCAAACUUUGGGAAGUUUCCUCGACCGCAUCAAUGGGUUUUUUCCAGACCCUUUUUACAAAAUGGCGCCUGAAAAAGUCAUACAAGAAGCUGUACAGAGAUGACGGAGUCUACCUUCUUCUAUAUUGCAUGAGGGGAUCGAGGGCCCAGAGAGCACUGAUCAAGGAUUAUAAAUUCUUCACUGACGUCGUUGGCUCCACAGCCACUGUGGCAGGUGGCGUACCGGUUGCCGCUGUGGUCACCUCCUUGGAAAAUUAUCCCAAGAACAUGGAUGCGUGGUGGACGAAAAAUAAGGACAAUCUGGAACGCCUCGGAAUGCGGUUCUCCGCACACGCUUGUAUCACUUCUCUCCCAGAUGAUCCAACAUCCUCACUCGCGAUGCGCGCACGUCGACAGCGAUCAGAACAAGUCAUUCGCCGUCUUAUUUAUGAGUCCUACGGUACUUGA